ACUGUAAAUAAGGUUCAAAAUAUAAUUAGGCGAUUAUUAUAAAAUUCGGAUACUGAUUAGUAGACUAUUUAUUGUGUAAAUUAUUUACAGGAAAUCUACACGGAAGCGAUUUAUCCCGCCCACCAGACCGUGCGUUAUCUGGAAAAAACGACCAAACACCAUGCUCAUCAAGUGAUUUCAGCCUUUCGGUAAUAACGAUUUUAAUCAAUAAUACCUUAUGUUGCAAAAUAUCCCUUUAUUGACUAGUAACACGGCUAGUAGUAGCAUGUUAGCUAGCUAGCUAUUUUUCUUGAGCAAGCUGGAUACAACCCCAGCUUGGUGUGACAACUGUUACCUUGUGAACCUUGCAAUUUGACCAUUUUAUUGAACCUUUGUUGCACUCUUCUACGCUGGACUGUCUUCGCCACUUGGUUGUUAGCUAGCUGGGAGGAGAUGUCACUCUUAUUGGACAGAGAAACAAAUCAGCGAUGUGUCAGUGAUGGACAUGGCAUAUUUCUACCCACUGUGAAUAAUAGGGCUCUCUGAAGAGAUUCACUUUAGGAUCACACACAAACACAGUCCUGACUUGCUCCCACAAGCACAGAUGCUUGAUGCAGAUCCCACUGUGAAAUGAUCUGUGAAAAAGACACACACGCAAGCAGUAUGUCGGAGACCCUUGUCCUCACAUUCCGGACCCAGCUCUCGGGAGUCAUGGAGACGGUCCUGAAGUCAGCCAUAUACGAGAUCACCAGGCUGGUGGAGGACGGCUUCCUGGAGGAGGUGUCCAGGAGCCGAGAGCAGGUCGAGUCGCUGAAGAAGAGGCUGCAGUGGUCGGAGAACAGACGAAGGGAGACGGACAGAGAGGGAGACCGGAGGGGGAAAUGUGCAGACUGUGGGAGAGCUGAUGAGGAAGGUGAAGAGAGAAGCUCUGGAACCUCACAGACAGGUGCGGAGAGAGGGCGUGGCCUGAAGCAGGAGAAGGUACCAGGGGAGGAGUGGAGCAGCUGUGGGGGCGUGGCCGGGGAAACAGCCUUUCAUGAUCUGGAGGAGGCAGAGGCCACCAGUCCUAGGAGAACCUCUGAGUCCACAGAGGUCGCAGGUCAGAAGCUGGACAGUCUGCUGAAAGAGGAGCCUCUCCACAACACUGAGCUACAGGAGAAAUGGGAGUUCUGCCUGGACGGGGCCAAUGGUUCGGACGUCUCAGGGCCCAGUAAGAGUUUCAGUGAGCAGGAGCUGCAGCAGUGCCAGGAUGACUGGGGACCUGGUCUAGACCAGGGGCCUGAACCACCGGGCCCAGAGGGAGACCCAGGGGACCCCACUGACCCUCUCUACCGCCCUCGUUACAGCAUGGAGGAACUGGGGGGCGGCUUUGAGAAGUCUGGUUACGGCGGUGGUGGUGAUGGAGGCCAUCGUCUAGACUUGGAAGGGCUGGAUAGGCUUCCUGGUUCUCCGUCUCGUCUGGGGAGGCUGAGCUAUGGAGCAGUGGGUCACUACCAGGUGAACCUAGGGGGGUCUGAGGGGGGAGACCAUCACCAUCGCUCCCACAUGCCUGGCCCCGAUCGGAGCCGGAGGGACCGUGUGGGGUCGCCAACGCGGUCCCCCCACCCGGAGGUGGGAGACCUGAACUGCCUGUUGAUCAACGAGGAGGGGUACCUGCAGGACUCCAGUGUCUUGUCCCCCGAACAUGGUGUCCCAGAGUCGGGUAACAGAGCCGGCCACAGGGGUCUAACCUCCAUCCACUCUGGAAGCUCAGCCCACAACAACAACACAGAGAGCCUGUAUGGUGCCGCUGACGACUUUGGACACUCUCUAAACCUCAGAGAUUGUUCACAAGAGCAAUUAACAGGAGGUGGAGGAACGGGAGGAGGGGGGAAGCGUCACGCCUGUAAUCAGUGCACCUUGACCUUCCCAGACUCUGGCUCCCUCGAGGCCCACAAGCAAACACACAAAACUGGUAGAGGGUCUGGGCCUCCAUACUCCUGCACCCAGUGUGGUAAAACCUUCAUCCAGGCCUGCAACCUCAAGGUCCACCAGCGUGUCCACCAGGCCGAGGGACUCCACCUCUGCAGACACUGUGGCAAGGGCUUCACCUCCUUCUCCGACCUGAAGAGGCACAAGUGCAGCCAGACGACAGACAAGCCCUACUGCUGCUCCAUCUGUGGGAACAAAUUCAGUCGGCUCUGGAACCUCAAGCUGCACAGGCGCAUUCACACGCAGGAGAAACCCCACCGCUGCACUAUGUGUGACAAGAGCUUCGCUCGGGCGGACAAUUUGAAGGUGCACCAGCGCACCCACACUGGGGAGAGACCGUACUGCUGUGCUGUGUGUGGACUCAGCUUCAAACAACUGAACCAUCUGAAGUGGCACCAUCGCAAACAUAGGGUGGAUCUCCUGGCCUGAGCAGUGGUCUAGAAAACUAUUUUUUUGAUAAAUUGUUCAUUAAUAAGGACACUGAAAAUAUGAACUGUUGGAAAUCUAUCAAUGUGUUGAAUAAGAAUUAAUGUCUUACAUUAUGGACUGUCUAUGAAUUGUCUGUCAUAAUGAUCAUCCCAACCUACCAAACAUUUGAAUGAUGGGGCAUUCAUGUGCUCUUUGGAAGUCGGAAGUCUGACAUGAUUGUGUUCAAGUGGAUUUGAAGCCCCGGACCAAUUCUUUAACCAAUUAUAUUUUUGUUAGCUUGAUUGCCUGCUAAUGAUGCUAAUAAUAAAGUUAGCUAGUUUUCUUAA